CCUGCUAGUAUUGAAGUUCCUGAUCAGUUUGGCCUGAGCUUAGUCCCUUGUCUAGCCCCAAAGUUCGCCCAUCUCGGAUGCAGGAAGACAUGGGCCGGGCCUGGGGUCCAUGUAGCUUGCCAAGGAUCAAGCUUUCUUUCCGAUGUAGUGUUGCUUUCGUUCGUGAGUCUUCGGCCGAGUUGUCGUGACCUAACAUCCAGGCCGCUUGGGCUCGGCCGCUGUCGGCUUGCUAUGCAAUGCGAACAUCCUUCGACUAUCGCCAUGAAAGUAUUGCAUAAGCAGCGAUCGUCUUUUAGGCUUGUUGGCGUGAAUGAGUCUAGAUCAAUCAUACUCGGCAAUUGGCUUACGACGCUGGGCCAGCCGCUUCUUUAAACAGAUGUUAGAACAACCCUCGGAAUUCACCGUUUCCUCUCAGUUUGAUAAGUGCCACACCAGCUGGAGAAUAGGUAUUGCCACAUCAAGACUUGAACCUUUGAUGUUUUCCCUUUCAAUUUGAAAUGGGUUUACCAGGUCCAGAAUAUGCAGAUAAUGUGGCUUCUGAUGGUGGCCGAAACUAUUGAGACCUGGCCAAGUGUCGUCUGAAGGAAAUACUAGCAUCUCUUCCAGGAGUAUGGGAAUUUAAACGCCACCGUGCCUGCUUCCAGGUACAACGGUUUGCAGACUUCCGUACUUAGUUCGAAGCCCAUUCAAUUCCGGACGAAAUGCGACGGAUGACAAGAGUCUUAGGCACAUCACAACAUGUGUCCCCCGUUAGCCAUGAGACUUGAUUGAUGUGUUAUUACGCGAGGGCGUCCAAGUCAAUGCACAUUCUCCAGACCUGUAGGAAGCUGUUGCAGACUCGGCAUCUCUGAGGAGACAUGGACUAAGAGUACCAUCCGAGAGGAGUCCGGACCAAUAAGAUGGAAGGCAUCUGAGGGCUUGAGGGGCUUGUUGUUGGCCCUAGCAUGCCGCAGCAGCAAUGGAAGGCGUUGUCUAAAGCUCUUCCACUUUGAUCGAAAGUCUAUUUUCCCCUCACGGCCUUGCCUGGAUUAUGCCGUCCUCUGCUUGAGCACUAAUCAGGUGUGCUGGUAUAAUGUGGCUGCACUGGGGUGAGAGCUGCCGUGCAUAUUUGAUGGACCUGGUUCCCUGGAGGAGUGUUGAGUACAACGUACUGUUUCGUAAGACCUAGAGUAAAGACGUUCGGAUUAUACCUAUCAUAUAUUGAGUGAACACCCCCCCGUCCUUCAGUCGCCAUUCCCUUAUUCCCCUCCUCUUUGAUCUCUUUAUGUCAAUUCGGAAAACAAAGUAUUGUUCUUUGCCUUGCUGUAUCAGCAGCUAAAUCCAAUUGACCAAAGACUGACCAACCAUUCAACUCUUAUUUCGACCUUUGACGUUUCCGUCUCAACUCUGCCGAGCAGCCCGAUAUAAGAAUCAACUGCAAUCUGUUCGACCGGACAGACUACAAGACUCCAAUGGCUGCCUUUGUACACUCUUAUCCUCACCAUAUGGAACCUCCAUUUGGAAAUCCCAUGAACAUUAUGACCGCAACCCCAUCACCAGGAUAUAUCAUGACCCCUUCUCCAUAUUGUACUAGAACACCAUCGCCCACAUGUCGAGGAAACAUGGGAUACCAGCCUGUCCCUGCACAAGUUCAAGACCCUUCCUUCUUUGAAGAGGCCAUAGGUGGUUCUCCUCGCCCACAAGAACUGGCACUUGGCUUUAUGCAAGCACCAUUCCAGUAUAACCCAGCAUCCAAUGCACCCAAUGGCCCUUUUCCUUCUUUGGCUACAUUGCCAAGUAGCGAGAUCGAGCAAAAGCCUGCCCGUCGGGCUCGAAAUCGAAAACCGUCCCAGUUAAGCAUCAUCACCCCCAAAGAAGAUAGUGGCCCCAGAGCUGUGCCCAGUUCCCCAAAGCAGAAGAAGCGCGGCCGCAAGCCCAAAGGAGGAGCCAAGGAGUCGGGGAAGUUUCAUCAGGAGAUUGAGCUUGAUGAGGACGACCUUCCUAAGGACCCUCGACGUCGACGUAUUCUUGAACGCAACAGGAUAGCCGCGACCAAGUGUCGUCUUCGGAAACGAGACGAAGCAUCUGCCCUUGCUUCCCAGGAACAAGCCAUGGAAGACCAGAACCGAUAUCUUUCCUCAUGCUUUGACUCAUUGACAGCUGAGAUAUAUCACCUGAAAACGCAAUUGCUGCAACACACAGACUGCAACUGUGUACUGAUUCAGAAAUAUAUCGCCAAUGAAGCCAAGAAGACAGUUGAUGGCCUGCUUUCUUGUUCAUCGGCCUUCCAGCCCGACAAUGACCCCAUGAGCCCAUAUCGUCGAGGUUCAUGCCAUAGCGGCACCAGCCCCACUGAAUCCCUGGGUGUGCCUACUCCGGAGUUUGAAGGAGUCUCGCCAGCCUGGUCACAGCCUUUCCAAACAGGUCAUGCCUCAUCAUCAGAGGUUGGAGAGGAAAUCUUCGAGAUGCCAAUGAACCCUUACAACAAAGGGUCAAUCCAGCUGCAUAGUCAACCGCUCACCAGCAUGACACCACUUCAUCAUCCCGAAUCCGAGGUAUAUGUCGGUAUGGGACCUCCACCCCAGCAUGUGGAUGUUAUCAGUUGGAAUCCUUCAUGGGGAUUUUAGUAACGAGGCUAUGAUCCUGUACCGCCGCGUUGGGCAUUACGAUCUUGUAGCUUGAUUGAGAUUUUCGAAAGCGGACUGAGGCAAAAGCUAUUUUGUAUAUACGAGCAUGGGUGAAGGCGUUUUUGGCUUGAGAGUGACAUGUUGUGAGCGUUCUGUAUCAAGGGAGGUUAGCCAAUAUGUUUUUAUAUUAUCCAGCAAUCCAGAAGUUAAGAUCAACUGGUUUCUCAUCGAAAUGCAAAGAGGGGUGAGCUCUUACUUAACAGCCGAACCAGCUGGCCGUGAUCUGCUUGUCGUGCUUAUCCUCUUAUGUUUUCAAAGCUCAAUGGCCCGAGGCACUCAUCCUCCUUCAGUGUACACCGUCGUAGUAUAUCCAUUGCUUGCUGAACUCAUGGUAAAUGAGGCAAUGGCUAUUAGGUGAUGCAGACGUGUCCCACUAAGUUCCGAGCUUCAUUGGAGUUUUCACAGAUUAGAGCGUUGUGAGCGUGUCAAAUGCCUAAAUACGAGGUGGAUCGCUGUUGUUCCAGAUCGAAGAGUGUGGGGUGAUCCCAGAUCUCAUGUUUCCCCUGCAGCUAAUCGAACGUCUGCAUUAGAGCAUGCCGAAUGUGGUGAUGGCAUCGGAGUGACCCACUAGGUUGAUGGGCCAAA